AUGCGGACGAGCUGGUACUUGGUGGCUGCCUGGGCCCUUCUGGCUGCCGCUGCAGCUCAACACAGGGCCGGCAGCAGAGGCCAGGGGAGCGAUCGACGGAACCGACAGCCCUCGGUCGAGGGGUCCUGGAACUCCCAGCUGUACCCCCGCUGGCAGGAGGGCGACCCCCGGCAGCAGAACUGCUGGAGAGGCGGCACCGUGACCUUUGACAUCAGCAACGACGCCCCCACCAUGACGGGCGCCAGGGCCACCUUCGCCAUCGCCCUGCGCUUUCCCGGCACCCAGAUGGUGCUUCCCGACGGCCGGGUCGUGUGGAGCCAGAACUGCACCGUGAAUGGUACCCGGGUGAGACAGGGCGACGCUGUCUUCCCAGAGGAGCUGGGCGAGGGCCCUGGUGCCGUCUUCCCCGACGGGCAGCCCUUCCCCCGCAGCGCCCGGGGCAAGCGCAGCAAGUUCGUCUACGUCUGGCGGACCUGGGGGCAGUACUGGCAGGUGGUAGACGGCCCCUCCUCGCUGCUGACGGUGGAGACGGCCGGCGUGCCCCUGGGCUCCUACGCCAUGGACGUGCAGGUCUAUCACUACCGCGGGCGCCAGAAGUUCAUCCCCAUGGGCCGGGCCACGUCCCAGUUCAGCAUCACGGACCAGGUGCCCUUCGCCGUGGACAUCGCCCAGGUGCUAGACGUGGACGGGGGCGACCGGCGCUUCGUGCGGAACCGGGCCGUGGCCUUCAGCGUCCGGCUGCACGACCCCAGCCACUACCUGCAGGCCGCCGAUGUCUCCUACUCCUGGGACUUCGGGGACCAGAGCGGGACCCUCAUCUCCCGCGCCAGCACCGUCACCCACACCUACCUGGAGGCUGGCCCCGUCCAGCCCCGCGUGGUGCUCCAGGCUGCCAUCCCCGUGGCCUGCGGCAGCACCUCGCCAACACCGGUCAUGGAUCCCACCACAGCCCCCCCGGCGCAGCCCACCUCUGCCUCGGCUCCAGCCAGCCUGGCGCCCAGUGGGGGUGCCACACAGACCCCAAGCCCGGCGCCCAGCGUGGUGCCCACUGCCACGGCCGAGCCAGCGACACCCACAGCAGGCCCGGCCUCUGUCCCUGCCAGCCCCGCGGAGCCCGGCACGGGCGCCACCCUCCCCAGUGCUGCAACCCUGGCCGCCACCAGUACCGCAGCUCCCACCCCUGCCUUGGAAACCGUCACCGUGCCCACCGUGGCACCCGGGUCCGUGGUCACCGUCGUCGCCUCAGACCUGGCCGUGGCUUCUCUGGAUCCGCCGCUCCCUGCCUCUGUCUCUGCCGCUGGGGACCUGCCGGGCACCUCGCCACCAGCGUCCGCGUCCUCCGUGGCCAACCCGCCGGGCACCUCGCCACCAGCGUCCGCGUCCUCCGUGGCCAACCCGCCGGGCACCUCGCCACCAGCGUCCACGUCCGCGUCCUCCGUGGCCAACCCGCCGGGCACCUCGCCACCAGCGUCCGCGUCCUCCGUGGCCAACCCGCCGGCCAGUGUGGCAGGAACCGUGGCCAACGCUAGCUUGGGAGCAGCAGACGCAGAUCCUGCCGCCCCUGAGGCUCUUGUGCUGGCCAAGCGGCAGGCGCCCGCCGACUGCCUCCUGUACCGAUACGGCACCUUCUCGACAGAGCUGGAGAUCGUCCAGGGGAUCGAGAGCGUGGAGAUCGUCCAGGUGGUGCCGCUGGCCCCGGCGGCGGGCGAGAACGCCGUGGAGCUCACCGUGACCUGCCAGGGGAGCCUGCCGGACGAGGUCUGCACCACCGUCUUGGACCCCACGUGCCUCACGCCCCAGCAGCGCGUCUGCAGCCCCGUGCCGCCCGCGCCCGCCUGCCAGCUCCUGCUGCGCCAGGCCUUCAACCAGAGCGGCCUCUACUGCCUCAACGUCUCGCUGGCCAACCCCGCCAGCCUGGCCGUCGCCAGCACCCAAGUCAGCGUCCGAGGUGCCGAUCCCGCCGCGCCCAGGAUCACACUCAUCGUGGGGCUCAUGCUGGUGGCCGUGGCCCUCGGCGCCGUGUCCUACGCCUACAGGCGUGUGAAGUACAGACCCCUGCCCGCCGGCCCCGCCCGCAGCCCCCUGCCCCGGGCAUGGCUGCCCGACCGCGCCGCCCUGCGUCUCUUCCUGCGCCAGGCCUUCGGCACUGCACCCACCGGCGAGAGCAGCCCCCUGCUGAGCAGCAACGUGGUGUAG